AUGGACCCAGAUGUGACUGUGAACAGUACAGUUAUUGUGACUGACUUACACCCAUGCUAUGAAAUAAUUGACUUCGGUUACAAACUAACCACCACGCCUUCUGUUAUAUGUGUAAUGUUAUAUGGAUUUCUUAUGCUAUUAUCUACUGUGACUGUAUGUGGAAACCUCCUUGUAGUAAUAUCAAUAAUUUACUUCAAACAGCUUCACACACCCACCAACACUCUCAUUCUGUCUCUGGCUGUGGCCGACCUGCUGGUUGGGAUUUUAGUAUUUCCUCUCAGCAUGGCCUUCUCUCUCAGUUCAUGUACCUAUAAUGAGAGUUUAUUUUGUAAGGUACGUGACAGCUUUGAUAUAUUGUUUAGUACAUGCUCUAUUAUGCACCUAUGUUGUAUUUCAGUUGACAGGUACUAUGCUGUGUGUCAGCCUCUCACAUAUAGAUCUAAAAUCAGCCGUCAUGUUGUUGCCAUCAUGAUCACAGUGAGCUGGGGUGUUUCUGCUCUCAUUGGCAUCGGAGUGAUAAUUCCUAAAUUAAAAAACGAACAAUGUUUGGAAAACUGUUUUAUUGAUGUUCUGAUGGCGAACACUAUUGGACCUAUAUUAUCAUUUUACCUUCCAGUGGUCAUAAUGCUUUGCAUCUACCUGAAGAUUUUCCUUGUUGCACAGAGACAGGCACGAAGCAUCCAAAGCAUAAAGUUCGGAGCAACAGCCAGUAAGAUGGAGAGAAAAGCCACCAAAACUCUGGCGAUUGUUCUGGGAGUUUUUCUGUGUUGCUGGUCUCCUUUCUUCCUUUGCAUCACUUUUCUGCCUUUUACCAGUAAUUCAGUACCAAUUCCAGUGAUUGAAACACUUAACUGGUUAACAUUAUCCAAUUCAAUGCUUAAUCCAUUUAUCUACGGUUUUUUUUACACCUGGUUCAGGUCAGCAAUUAAAAUUAUUGCUUCUGGGAAAGUAUUACGAGGCAAUUUUGCUAACUUGAGAUUGUACUGA